GAUGCUUCUUCUCACUUUCACCAUGUUUACUGCUUCCCUCAGGGUCAAGUUCUGUUUCAGCAUCAAAUAUGCCACAACUAAUGUUGGUGAUCGGCUCACUCCCACACGACAGUGAACCAGGAUUUUUCCUGUUGGUAGAAGAAAUUACAGUAUUUACUUUCAAUGAUGCAGAGCUAAAAGUUCAGAGAUUUAAUGAGCUAAGAUGAGUUUGCGUAAGUUAUGGAGAUCAACCUUCCUGUAGAGUCCAACUUAAAGGUUCAUGAAUUAAGAAAUCGAUUUUAACCCGAGCUUUUGUUAUAUAAGAGGCCCAGCGAACGCAAGGUCCUGGAAUGCACCUACAUAUGACGUCAUUGAUAGGUUGAACACCGCCUCCACAGAAAAAAUAUCAACGACUACUACUCUGCCCCGCCCACUGGUUCACGCAUGACCGUCACCAUACUGAAGUAACAAGCGGCGCGGAACCCGAUCGAGCGAGCGAGCAAGCAAUAAACAUGCCGUUAAAGAUCUCUAAAUAUUGCGCAGUGCCUGGUUGUGGAAGAACACAGUCGCUGCAUAACCUUCCUUCGAAAUCCGACAGUAGGAAUGCGUGGUUGAAGUUCAUUUUUAAAGACGUUCCAGCUCACGUGGGGAAAACAUUGAGCGUUUGUUCGCUUCAUUUCACCGCGGAUUCCUUCGUGAACAAGGCCCAGGUCGACGCUGGGUUUGCGGAGAGACUAAGAUUAAAAAGCAGUGCUGUGCCGUCAAUAUUGGAUCCGACAGGAAUGGCGCAGCAAUCUUAUAAGGCUCCAACUAAGCAGGACAUAGGUUGUCAAACAGACACACAGAAGUGUACAUCUCGGGGCACACAGCUGUCCUUUGGAACCUUGGGACCUAAAAUCAGAAGCAAAGGAACACAGACAGAGGUGUCAUGUAUAAGUGUAGGUGUUUCAACCACUUUCACACCUUUGGCUUCACUACCUUGGAGUUCAACAUCUCUGAAGGAUUCAAGGCCACCAAAAAGAGCUCGUCUAGAACUGGAGGGGGAGGAAAGUGCUUCCUUUGAGGUCUUUGAUCAGCAGGACACAACAUAUGAGUCUGUCACCACUGUCACAGAGUCAUCACAACUUCAAUGUAUGUCGACACAGGAGGAGACAAAAUACAUUGUAUUUGAAAACUGCCUCCUGCAACUGUUUGAUACCUGCCCAGUGUGCUCGAGACGCUGUGAUGUCCGGGCUCGAAGAAAAGGGACUUUUGUUGCAGUAGAUCAACUGUGCCCACAUUGUCAAUACUUCCGACAAUGGAAAAGCCAACCUGUUGUUGGGAGCACACCUUUGGGCAACCUCCAGUUAUCUGCUGCCAUUUACUUUACUGGUGGAUCGUUCUUCCGACUAGAAAAGAUAUUCAACACAAUGCAUGUCAAGAGCAUUACACACAGAACUUUCCGAAAGCAUGCCAGCAUGUAUCUGGAACCAGCAGUUAUUUACACAUGGAAGAAGGAACAAGAAGAACUGUUGCAGCAGCUAAGCCUGGGGGACAAAGUCAUUGUGGGUGGUGAUAUGAGAGCGGACUCACCAGGCCAUUCGGCAAAGUAUGGUAGCUACACCAUUAUGGACCUCAAGAGCAACAUAAUCUUGGACAUACAGCUAGUCCAGAGCAAUGAGGUUGCUGGCAACUACCAUGUGGAAAAGGAGGGACUGAAAAGAAGUCUUAAAUUUCUGGAGGCACAUGGUGUGAGGCUUGAAUGUAUCGUUACAGAUCGUCACCCACAAAUUCAACAUUUUUUGAGGGAAUGUAAAAUAACACAGUUCUAUGAUGUUUGGCAUCUGGAAAAAGGCCUGUCAAAGAAGUUGGAACAAAUUGGCAGAGAUAAGGACUGUCAAGUGGUAAAAAAGUGGCAGCGGAGCAUAAAGAAUCAUGUUUACUGGACUGCAGCUUCUUCCAAAACAGCAGAGGAGAGAGUAGCGAAAUGGACAUCCAUGGUAAACCACAUUCAAGACAUUCACUCACAUGACGACCCAGCCUACCCACAGUGUGAACAUGAAAUCCGUGCAUCGAAGGACCGCAGCAAAUGGUUCCAACAAGGAACUAAAGCACUGCACACUGUCCAAAAGCUUCUUACAAACAAGAGAAUGCUGAAAGACGUCGAGAAACUCAGCCCUCACUUUCAAACUUCAUCUUUGGAAGCGUUUCACAGUGUAAUUUUACGCUUUGCUCCAAAAAACGUAGUUUAUCCUUACCUUGGAAUGUUAUGCAGACUGUACUUGGCAAGUAUGCAUUUCAACGAGAACUCCAACCGUCCUCAGGCUAAAACGAAAACUGGAAAACCGAUGUAUAGGCUGUUGUUUCCCGAAGCCAAAAAGGGAGAAUACUCUACACGGCCAUUAAAGUCACAGGCAACAUAUCGUUAUGUCAACAAUCUGAUGACCUUCCUUUUUGAAAAGGUGAUCCCAGACCCUCUUCCCUACAUGGAGGAGAUUCACAAAAUCAAGGUCCCUGAAACACUCUCAGCUCAGUAUGGCAGACCCUCCAUGGAAGAAGCCAUCGAAAGGGGAGGUCUAAAUCCAACAUAACUGCCUGCAGCAUCAUGAAACUCUUGGCGUAUACGCAGGACAACGCAAGACGGGAUAACAACCCUGUUCCUCCUGCCCAUAGCCCCAGCUCACAAAACUCCUGUAUGCCAAGUGCCUAAUGUGAAAGACAUUGACAAAGUCAGAAAUAGCUUUGUUGUGUUCUAUUAUUGUAAAUUGAUGAAAAAAGUUGUAAUAUUUACUAUGUUAAUAUGUAAUAAAAACGCACAAAACAUUACAGCUGCUUUUUCCUCAAAACAAAGAUUAUUCAUUGAAAGAUACUAUUGUGUGUUUACUUAAAUUUAAUUGUAAUGACCUGAAUGCUUUACAAUGUUGUAAUGAUUGUGUGUUCAAUACAAUA